UUCACUACAGUUUCUGCGUGGCCGAAACUCCUUUGUGGCAUCUGUCAACAACCCUCAUCCCUCCCGAUCUGUCACAAUUGUUUGGCAGUCGUAAUGUGCAGACGUACUCCCGUAACGUUGUUUCUUAGUGAAUCGGAAAUUAUCCACUUUCUUUAAUACAUAUAUCUAUUUCGGUAGUAACCGAAUCAAAUCUAAUAUGUAACUAAUAAUCUAAUUAAGUAACCAAAUAUUAUACUUAACAAUUGUGAGGGAAACAGCGUUUGGCGCAUGUCCGUGAGGAUUGCUGAAGCCACAAGGAAAAAGAAGUAAACUCCCCAGCAUACGACCAAGUGAGCAAUCUAGCAGGUGAAUCAAAAGGUUGAGCAUCCGACCGGCACAGCCAUUACCACAACUGAAUUAAACUGAACUAUGACAUGUGAAUAAUUGUUUUCUUCAAAUUGCACCGUUGGUAUAAUGAGCGAUCAAGGACAUUUUAAAAACAAAUCCAGAACAGCUCGCGCCAAACGGUUUCAAUAUAAAUGGUUUGAUGGAAAUCCUGCAUGGAAAACAUGGGUAAAAGAGGUACCCAAUGAGCCUACAAAAUAUUUCUGCAAAGCUUGCAAAACUACAUUAACUUGCGGCUUGACUGAAAUAAAAAAACAUUCUGGGGCAGAGAUUCAUUUAAGAAAUAUGAUGACAGCACAAAAUUUAGAUUGCAAUAUUAGCGAUUCCAAGAUAACGGAUAGUACAUUCUCUGCAGGAACUAAUUCAGAACAAGCUGAAAUGGCUCAGCCCGGGUCUGAAGAGGAUUUUAACUUCGAAGACCGUGUUAAAAUGGCUGAGAUUCGGCUAAGUGUGUUUUUUGUGGAAAAGAACGUGCCAUUCGCAAUCUCGUCCGAUUUACUCUUGCUUAUGAAAGACAUUGGAAAAGAACCCGGUAUUUUGAAGUCGAUGUAUUUAGGUAGAACAAAAUUAACACACAUCGUUAACAACGUCCUCUGUCGUCAGGUGACAAAUCGAAUUUCUACAAUUUUGAAGGAAAAUAAAUUUUCGGUUUAUGAGGAAAAAAUAUUAAAUGUAAUGAAUGAAAAGUGGUUUCCAUUAAUGGUGCGUUACGUGGAGCCGAAAACAUUACGUAUUAAAUGUGAAUUGCUCCAAAUGAUUCACUUGGGUGCGAUUAACAGUUCUGCCAGCAAGAUCUUCCAGUCUUUCAAAACUGAGUUGUUAAAAAAGAAUAUUCCACUACAGUCGAUCGUCAGUCUCGUUUCUUAUAAUAUUUCAACGGUGAAUAAAAAUUCUUUUGAGACAAAAUUAAUCGAAAAUAAUCCAGAUCUCGUUGCGCUUCCGUGUGUAUGCCAUUAUUCAGCCUUAGCGGUUAAAGUGGCUUGCAAAGUACUUCCUCAAAACUGCAGGCGUUUCAUCAAAAGUGUUUCUACAAUUAUCAACAACAGCCCAGAAAAGAUAGAUACUUCGCAAGAUUCGAACAUGUCCUCCGAAAAAUCAUCUUACGCCGCAGUGGGUUGGCUGUCGCGUCACAAAUAUAUCGAGGGAAUUUUGGAAGUGUGGGAUACUUUGGAUAAUUUUCUGACGAAACAAGCGUGUAAGGAUAUUAGCGCAGAUCUGCAUUCGAUUUUUCAAGACCCUGCAACGAAAGCUUACGUUAUCUUUUUGAAGUUUACACUUGAUACUUUCAAGAGGUACAAUGAUAAAUUCCAAACCCAAGAGACCGUCAUUCACGAGUUGCAGCCUUCUUCGAUGGAAUUGCUACUUUGGUUCCUCAGAAAGUUCAUCAAAUCUGCGUUAUUAAACUCGGAAAUAUUCGAUCAUACCGUAAGAAAUUUAAUUUUCUCUGAUCCCGUUAAUCAGCUCCCACUGGAGGAAAUAGAUUUUGGUGAUGAAUGCAAACAAUACUUGCAAGACCGAUUGAAUCAGGGAGUAUUGUCUGAGACGGACGUCAAACUUGUUCAAGGCUGUUGCUUGCAAUUUUAUGUCAAGGCAAGCGAAUAUAUUUGCAAUCAUCUCCCGAUCGAUAAUCUCUUUUUGCAACAUGUUAAUGUAUUUGCAAGCAGAUCUGCAUUGUACGAUUGCGAUCGAGACUCCACAUUUCGUAAAGUUCUCCAAGUUAAACGCAGAUUACGCGACAUGCUUGACGAAGAUUCAAUUGAAAGCGAAUGGAGAUCUUUAUAUGAAAUCAGUCCAAUUAUAAAGGACGAAUUGUCAAAACUAUCUUUCGACGAUAUGUGGAUGAAAAUUAGCCUCUUUUCUACCGACGAAGGAAAACUUUGUUUUCCAAAUUUGCGCUCUCUUCUUAGCGUUGUGAGAACUAUUCCUCAUUCAAACACCGAGGCUAAACGUGUAUAUUCUCUUAUUCCAGAGACAAGUAAGAAGAAAAGAAACCUAUCGAUUGAGACGUUAAAUUCAAUUUGCGUUAUAAAUUAUUAUUUAAGAAGUACUAAUGAAACUGCUCGCACCAUGACAAUGACGCGUGAGCACCUGGACCUGACGAAUUCGGCAAAUGUUUAUAAAAUAAAGUCUGAGUAACGCCGGAGCUCCAUUACGAUAGGGUGAUUUGAGCGAUUUGGGCGACAACAUCCGUUGCACGUAGCGGUUUAUCAGGCACGGUACGAUUUGUGACAAUCAGAGGUAGGAUUCAGGUGGUAUAUGAUAAUGAGGAGUUGACGCUUAAGGUGGACGAGUUGGAACAAAAGUAAGGCAAGGCCACGAAAGUUAAUGAUCACUUUGCGGACUCCACCGCCUAUGGUUCACUGUAUAUAAGAAGUAUACCAGAUACAAUCCCAGCGAAAGUGCUUUUCGCAAAUGCACACGAAGUGUCCGACUAUGAUAGACUAUAUUAUGAUAUAGUCACCUUUACGAUACAUAAUAGCUUUUGGCAAAGGAAGAAGGUGAAUCUACCGAAUAGCAACAGAAGCGCAUAUCACUCGUCUUAUAGUUUUACAAAUGGUUUUACUUAACAUUACCGCUACUGUGCCUUCCUGUUGUUCAUAUAGUCAUAGUAUUUUUAAUACAGGUCUAUGUUAAAUAGACGAAUGUUACGUUCUUAGUCAAUUUUAUAAGGAUAAUUGAUUGGUGAUAACUUCUAUAUAUAUGUAGAGAAAAAUAUAUAUAUACACAGGGGAAACUGAGACAUACAUAAUUAAAUUGCGGCAUUACAUAAUUCGUGUGCGCCGCAAUUAUAAAUCACGCUUAUUAAUAAUAAUAAUAAAUGAACUAUUAUCGUUAUGUAAUAAUUGCUUUUUUUUUUAUCGCGAAACGCAUUGUUUUAACGUUAGAGAAUCAAUUCUCAAACUCUAUCUGUGCUGUGUAAAUAUUAGGGAAUUUUUGCAAUAACGUUUUCGGUAGAUACGAUGAACGCUAAAAUGCAUUCCGGUAUUCACUGCCAAUACUUUAAGCCUAUAGAUACGUAACGCUUUAGCGUUUACUGUAUCUGAAAGAUAGUUUCGCAAAAACUCCCUAUUAUGUUGUUAUAUAUACAUAAACGGUAGUAUUACUCGACGAUAUGUAUAUUUAUUCAGUAGCAUCAUGCAGCAUACGAUUUGGGUCAUAAUUUAUUGUUAGCAUUUUCGCAGCGAAUGUCAUGAAUAAAAUUUAAUAAUUUAUUUGUAA